GUGGCGACGAUGGCAUGCGCGAGGAGGAUGAAAACUUUGGCCUCGACGUGUGUGAUCCUCAGCGGGAUGACCAACAUCGCGUGCCUGCUGUAUGUCGGCUGGAUCAGUGAUUUCAUGCAGCAGAAAGAUCCGGAGAGGAAGUUGGAGGAGGAUAAAGGAGACGCGCUGCGCAUCAUCCACAGACUGGAGCGGCUCGAGGAGGUGGUGCACGCGCACAUCCAAGAGAGAACUCAGAAGGACAGGGACGAUGCAGCUGAUCUUGCUCUCUCAGACUCUCCUCUGUUCUUGCGUUGGGGCCGUGACCUGGGCCCUGAGAGCCGCCGUGUUGCUCUGCGCAAGUUCCAGUAUUACGGAUACAACGCCUACCUCAGUGACCGCCUCUCACUGGACAGAUCCAUCCCUGACCUCAGACCAGACGGGUGCAAAAACAUCUCCUACCACGCCAGCUUGCCUCAGGUCAGUGUUGUCUUCAUCUUCGUGGACGAGGCUCUGUCAGUGAUCCUGCGCUCCGUCCACUCGGCAAUGCGCCGGACGCCUUCACACCUGCUGAGGGAGAUCAUCCUGGUGGAUGACAGCAGCAGCAAUGCCGAACUGAGGGAAAACCUGCAGAGGUUUGUGGAGGAGACGAACCAGCGGCGUCCUGACUUCAUUAAAAUGGUUCGUCACACCAGGCAGGAGGGUUUGAUUCGUGCCCGUGUGAGCGGCUGGAGGGCAGCCAGCGCGCCCGUCGUGGCUCUGUUUGAUGCCCAUGUGGAGUUUAAUGUAGGAUGGGCUGAACCCAUCCUGCACAGGAUCCAAGAGGACCGACGGCGUAUCAUAUCCCCUUCUUUCGACAACAUUAAAUACGACACGUUUGAGGUGGAGGAGUAUCCUCUCUCAGCGCACGGCUUCGACUGGGAGCUCUGGUGUCGCUACCUGAACCCACCCAGAAGCUGGUGGAGUCAGAAGAACCACACAGCACCCAUCAGUAGUCCUGCUCUGAUUGGCUGCUUCGUGGUGGAACGGCGGUACUUUGAGGAGAUCGGACUGCUGGAUGAAGGCAUGGAGGUGUACGGAGGCGAGAACGUAGAGCUGGGAAUCAGAGUGUGGUUGUGUGGGGGUAGCGUAGAGGUUCUCCCCUGUUCCAGAAUAGCUCACAUCGAGCGCGCCCACAAGCCGUACACGGAUGACCUGGCAGCUCACGUGCGUAGGAACGCGUUCCGAGUCGCUGAAGUAUGGAUGGACGAGUUCAGGAACCAUGUGUACAUGGCCUGGAAUGUUCCACUGCAGGACUCAAGGAUUGAUAUUGGCGACAUCAGCGAGAGGAAGCUCCUGAGGGAGAGGCUGCAGUGUCGGCCCUUCCGUUGGUUCCUGAAGAACAUUUACACUGAAAUGCGAACGUACACAGACACCAUCGCUUAUGGUGAGCUGAAGAAUAGCUUGAAGCCAGAUCUGUGUGUGGAUCAGGGACCAGACUCGGACAGCAUCCCCUUCCUGUACCCCUGUCACGGCAUGACGCCUCAGAACGUGUACUACACCAGCUCCAGGCAGUUGCGUGUCGGCGUCUUGAGCCCGACCAUCGACGACAACGAUAACAAGUGCCUGGUGGACGUGAACGGGCGUCCACGCCUGCUGGAGUGCAGCUACGCUGGAAACAAGCACAUGAAGCUCUCCUGGCUCUUCACUCAGGGAGGAUCCAUCCAGAACACCGAGUCACAGUACUGCCUCGAGCUCGUCCAGAGCACUGGAGCAGAUGUCGGAUAUCGGCUCGUCCUGCAGACGUGCACAACCCAAACCUGGACGAUUACGAACAUUCUGACUACCAAAGUUCUCUGA